UGAGACUUGGUGUUGAAGUCUAGAUACACUGGCGACGGACCGUGGAGGUUGCACUUCAGAAGAGUCUGUUGAUUAUGUGCUUGAUAUUAUCGCCGAGGUAUCUUUUUGUAUUUUUCUGCCGGGGAUGGGCCAGAUUGGGAAGGGCGGUACGAGGGUGAGACUUGGCGUUGGUGUUUUGGAACAUCAAAGAUGGACAGGGUUUUCGCGGAGGUCGCUCCUCGGAUAUCUCCACAACUACAGGUCGGGGAUCUUCCAAAAUCGAGAAGAUUGGUGCAUAUGGCUAGGUCACUUCACCUUACAAUUUGUAUGGCACUCUGGCCCGGGGUUGUGGUGUGGUAGGGGAGAGCGGGGGAUAAUCCCACACAGGAGCUUCGAACAACGUCCGGUUCACAUUUGGCUGGAUAACUCCACCACCACACAGGGUAUGCGGUCGGCGAUGGGGUCAGAAUGCUCGUAUGAUCGAGGGCUUUUCGAUGGAUCUAUCGGCGGGUUCUUAUUCGAAAAAUCGAGCGAGUUCGUGGUGGAGCGGUUGUCACUGAAGCUUUUCUGUCAGCAUUCGUCAUUCAGUCAAAAUCAAGUGAUUGACAGUAAUGAAUAUAGAAGCAGAAGCUGCAGAGAACAGAUCAGUGAUUAUAAGUGA